AUUUAAAGAAGCAAGAUCUCCUGUGAAGGAGGUGAGUAAACCGAACAUCUGCUCUCUGUCUCAGGAGCAACAGAGACCACCCGGGAAUACACUGGGGAUCUGUAUCUGCACCCUACCAUGUCUAUGAGGCCACCUUUUCUAAUCAGAUGGAUGCUAGGACAGAAGGAAACAAUGGGGGGCUCUUCACAGCUCCCUACACAGGACUACGAGGCCCUGCAGCAAAGGUGCCUGAGAGUCGGCGGCCUCUUUGAAGACCCCAGCUUCCCGGCCACCCUGAGAUCCAUUGGCAGGGGGCCCCUGCUGAAGAAACUGCCUCCGGGCCUACAGUGGAAGAGACCUUGGGAACUGCACAGCAAUCCCCAGUUCUAUGCUCCUGAGGCCAAAAGGCUGGAUCUGUGCCAGGGAUUGGUAGGUGACUGCUGGCUCUUGGCUGCUUUGCAAGCUCUGACUUUGCACCAGGACAUCCUAAGGCGGGUCGUUCCCCUGAAUCAGAGUUUCACUGAGAAGUACGCUGGCAUCUUCCAGUUCUGGUUCUGGCGUUUUGGGAAGUGGGUUCCUGUGGUGAUAGAUGACCGACUACCUGUGAACGAGGCAGGCCAGCUGGUCUUUGUCUCUUCCACCUCCAAGAACUUGUUCUGGGGAGCUCUUCUGGAAAAGGCCUAUGCUAAGCUCUCUGGCUCCUAUGAAGACUUGCAGCGUGGACAGGUGUCUGAUGCCCUUUUGGAUUUCACUGGAGGGGUGAUAGUGACCAUCAAACUGGCAGAAGCCCCUCAAAACCUCUGGGACGUUCUAACCCAAGCCACCUACAGCAGAACUCUCAUUGGCUGCCAGACACACACCGGGAAUGAGAGGGUGCUGGAGAACGGGCUGGUGGAUGGUCAUGCCUAUACGCUCAUAGGAACUCGGAAGGUGACCUGCAAACAUGGACCUGAAUAUCUAGUCAAGCUGCGGAACCCCUGGGGGCAUGUGGAAUGGAAAGGAGACUGGAGUGACAGCUCACGUACCUGGGAGUUACUGUGCCCCAAGGAGAAGAUUGUGCUGCUGAGAAAAGAUGAUGAUGGAGAAUUUUGGAUGACACUCAGGGACUUUAAAGUACAUUUCAGGCUUCUGGUCAUCUGUAAACUGACCCCAGGCCUGCUGAGUCAGGAGGUGGGCCAGAAGUGGUCCUACACCAUGCAGGAGGGGAGAUGGGAGAAGGGGACCACAGCUGGUGGUCCGAGGAGGUCACCCCAAGACACCUUUUGGAAAAACCCGCAAUUCCUGCUGUCUGUCUGGAGGCCCCAGGAGGGCAGGAUGUUUCUGAUGCCAUGUAGCGUGCUGGUGUCCCUGCUCCAGAAGCCCAGGCACAGGCACCGCAACCAGAAGCCUCACCUUGCCAUCGGCUUCUACCUCUUCAGGAUGAACAAGUUACAUGAUGACCAGAGGCGACUGCCCCGCGAGUUCUUCUUGGUAAAUGAGCCCUUGAGUUUGCCUGAGGCAUUUGUCACAGAGAAGGAAGUGAGUCGGGAGCUGUGGCUGGAGCCGGGGACGUACCUCAUCGUGCCCUGCACAGCGGAGACCCGCCAGGAGUCAGAGUUCGUCCUCAGAGUUUUCUCCAGGAAGCACAUCUUUUAUGAAAUUGGCAGCAAUUCCAGUGUUGUCUUCCCAAAGGAAAUAGUAGACCUGACUGAAGGGCAGGAUGAAUCCUUCACCAAACUCUUUGAACAGUAUCCAGAAAUAAAUGCAGCUCAACUGCAGGAGAUCCUGAACCACAUGACCUGGUCCAAUCUGGGGCACGCAAAGCCCCUUUUCAGCCGCGAUGCCUGCCAGGGGAUCCUGGCCCUACUGGACCUUAAUGAGUCAGGUACCUUGUGCAUCCAGGAAUUCAGGGAUCUGUGGAAGCAGCUGAUGCUCUACCAGGAUGUUUUCCACAAGCAAGACACUAACAGGUCAGGGUGCCUGAACUGGACCCAGCUGCGGGCUGCCACGAGGGAUGCAGGAAUUGUGCUCGGCGAUAACAUCUGCCAGCUGAUGCUUAUCCGCUACGGUGGCCCCAACUUCCAAGUGGACUUUGUCAGCUUUGUCCUCUUGAUGCUGCGUGUGGUGAAGAUGGAGGAUGUCUUCCAGAACCUAACCCAAGAUGGCAAAGGGAUAUACCUCCGGAAGACAGAGUGGCAGAUGAUGACUCUAUACUCUUAAGACAACUGAAGCUUCAUCUGCCCUCACUGAGGACUCUGCAUAUGGCCCAAGUGGAGCCAUUGGCUGAGACCAGCCGAUGCUCAACCCACUUACUGUUCUUCAGGACCGUGUCUCCAGUCAUCACCUCCUCAGCUGGGAAGAUUUUUUGUUUGUAGAUCUCCACUUUGGAUAGCCAGCAUGCAAAAAGGGAACAGAAGUAGCAAAGACUACCUUGGACUUGUAAAGACGAAGUCUUCUUCCCUAUGGCUACAACCUUGUCAUAGCAGAGAUGUUACCUGACGUAGUCUAAGCAAUAUGACUCCAGAGAUGAUACCUUAACCUCUAUACAAUGCUGCCUUGGUGGCUGUUCAACUUAAAUGACCUUAGACAUGCCAAGUGUCAUCACAUUUGGAGCAAUAGUCUAGGUUUCAAGAUCUGAAGAGAAAAUGCUAUGUCCUUAGACAACUGUACCUGCAUCUGUAAAUUGGUGGAGACACAGGCUAAGUUUCAACUGUUUGGGUGUAGGGUGGGGAUAUGUGGAGCUUUCAAGAGCACAGGCAGAACUGGCAGAAUCUAGGUGGGAUGAGAUGGCUGUGGCAUCUGAGGUUACUGGGUGGUCUUCUACUGACAUUAUCUCCAGAUGAUUGAAUUUGGGGGCGGGGGACCUGUGGCUUUAAAACACCUAAGUUCUUAAAGGGCUUCCUAUAUGUGACAGGUGUCAGUUUGUUUACUUGAUCUGUGGACUAUCAUAUCCAUUUCAAAUCAGUCCAGAAAGUCUGUACACCUACUUCAAAGAAGAAUAACAAAUCCAUGCUGCAUCAUAGAGUUCAUCAGUGGAUGGUCGGUAUAUCUGAUUGUUUUGAACUAGCAUGACACCUGACUUCCUAGCAUCCCUACCAAUCCAGAUCCCAGGUGGAAAACCUGAACAAAGGCCACUUCCCAAAGCCUGUGCAUUUUACUCACAGCUGUGCACCUCAGAGCCACUCAGUAAAAUUCUAGUUUCCUUUAUUUACAAACUAUUCUAACAAGCAUGGCUAUCUGGUUUUCAAGUCUUUAGCAGGCUAAAGGAGAAGGCUAAACAAGGGGUAAGUGUGUCCACUGGCAGAAGUAAAGGAAAUUUCACAACCUGACAGAUGGGCACUGCAGGAGAAGGGGAAAGCACUUUCAAAGCAUGGCUUAAGGAGGCGGGAAAGUAUUUCAUUUAGAGAGAUCUUUAUUCCAAAUGAGAAAAAUGUAAAGUGGUGUGCUGUAAAGUA